AUGGCUACCUCGCUAAAUCCUCAAGAUUUUCUCGUUGUUUCUGCAAUAGACUUUGGAACGACAUAUAGUGGGUAUGCUUUUUCUUUGCGCGAUUCUCCAAAUGACCUCUAUUCCCCACAGACAUGGUAUGCAGGUGGUUCUACUCUUGCGUCAUUGAAAACUCCUACGUGUAUUCUUUUGAAAGAGAACCAAUCCUUUGACAGUUUUGGUUACGAAGCUCAGAACAGAUAUGCUACUCUCGCUGAAGAUGGAAAUCAUCAGGACUAUUAUUUUUUUCAACAGUUCAAAAUGACUCUACAUAAAAACAGGUCUCUAUCAAGAGGAACUAUAUUAGAAGAUAUAACAGGCAAGGCCCUUCCGGCAAUGUUGAUAUUUUCCCUUUCUAUAAAUUACUUCAAAGACCAUAUUUUGCAAUCACUAAGGGAUAGGAUACCAACGAUCUGCCUUGAAGAUAUUCGGUUUGUUCUCACUGUUCCGGCUAUUUGGGAUGACAAUGCGAAACAGUUUAUGAGAGAAGCAGCUAUUAAUGCUGGAAUAGAUGGUCGACGAUUGAUUCUUGCCUUGGAACCCGAAGCAGCUUCUUUCUAUUGUAAACAGCUGCCAGUGGAAAAGCUACCCGGAGGAGAAGGCUUUACAGAAGCACCGGAUGGAACAAAAUAUCUUAUUGCAGAUAUAGGAGGUGGAACUGCUGAUUUUUGUGUGCACCAAAAAGUCUACAAGGAAAAAAUUAAGGAGAUACACAGAGCUAGCGGGGGAGCGUUUGGAGGGAUAUAUGUUGAUACAGAAUAUGAAAAGUUCAUUUUGAAGGCAUUUGGUUCACAAAGUCUACAGCAAUUAAAAAUCAAAGACAUGUUCGAUUUUCUUGAAAUUAUGCGUUCUUUUGAGGUUAAAAAGCGUGAUGCUAAUCUUCAACAGGUGGGGAACAUCGUUAUUAGAAUACCAGUUAAUCUUGUUGAAGUAUCCAAAUCCCAGAUCACUGAUCUUGGAAAACACAUCGAAAAACAGUUUGGACACGAUGAAGUUUCUGUUAGUGGAGAUAAACUAAAAAUGAAAAGGGAUUUAUUUAAUGCGUUUUUCAGCAAGUCGAUAAAUGGCAUAAUUAAUCAUAUUAGUGACAUCCUUCGGAAAUUCCCUGACAUAAGAAUGAUUCUUCUUGUUGGUGGUUAUGCUGAGAGCCCUAUCCUUCAAACAAGAAUGAAAAAUAGUUUUAAGGAGCAAAUAUUGAUAAUUCCCCAGCAAUGUGGCAUGGCAGUUGUAAAGGGUGCAGUUCUGUAUGGCCAUAAACCAGAAUUGAUUUCUUCUAGAAUUUUGAAAUACACAUAUGGCGUUAAUCACAAUCUAACUUUUGAUCCAAAACAGCACCCUGAGGAAAGGAAGUACAUAAACGAAGAUGGGAAAGAGAAAUGUCAUGGAACUGUUAAAAAGCUUAUUUCUAGAGGAACCUCAGUUAAAACAACUGGUGAAGUCAAAACAGUUACAGCAGCACCUUAUGAAAGAUCUUCAAAAUCAUUGACUACGAAGGUUUACUUCUCUAAAGAGGAAGAUCCUACAUUUACCGACCAGUGUACUUUACUCGGAAAAGUUGAACUGAAGUUGCCACCGUAUGCAGGCAAAAGAAGGGUCGUACAGGAAUCAUUCACAUUUGGCCAGACAGAGAUUUCUGUAACAACUACGUUUUUAGAGACCGGUGACAAAGUGGAGGCUUCUUUCGACCUUUUAGAGUAAAAGAUUAAAACUUGCAGGCUAAACAUGUUGAUGAUA